AUGGAAGACUUAUUGCAGACUACCCCAUUAGUCAGAUUCGUAAAAGUAAAGAAGACAAAGAGAGAGUUCAACCGGUUCCAGAGCGACCAGUUCAAGAGACUCAGCAAGUCCUGGAGAAAACCCAGAGGUAUUGACAACAAAGUAAGAAGAAAGGUCAAGGGAACCAUGGUCAUGCCCACUAUUGGAUUCAAAGCAGACAAGCUGGUAAGACACGUUCUCCCAAACGGAUUCAAGAAGGUGAUAAUCUACAACAUAAAAGACUUAGAAGCACUAGUCUCCCUGAACAGAGUGUACUGUGGAGAAAUAUCCAGCUCAGUCGGUGCCAAGAAGAGAAUAGACAUAGUCAAGAGAGCAGCAGACCUGGGAAUCGUCCUGACCAACGGAACUGCAAAGAUAACUGUGCAGAAACUCGACUAA